CUCGGAGACAACUCGGUGCCGUCGCUGCGCACCAUGCACUCUGACAAGGACGUCAAGACAACGGCCCAGCUGCAUAAACAACAGCUGAACAAAGCCACAGACUCCAGCGACGAUCUUGCCGUUCUAGACAAAAUCUGGGUCUCUGUCAAGAUCCUGAGCUACAGACACCCGUGGCUGCCGCCGCUGGUGGUUUUGGUUGCCACGCAGCUGGCCUACUGGUUCUCCAACAACUACACUUCGUCCAACCCUCUGCACAUGUUUAUGACCAUGUCGUACCGUGUUCCGGGCACAAACCCGCCGCUGUAUGAGAAGGGAUGGAAAGACUUUGCGUUUGUUGGGUACAUGAUGGUCUUUUUCACGUUUUUCAGAGAGUUUCUGAUGCAGAUCGUGCUGCGGCCGCUGGCGCUGCACUUUGGCAUCCGCAGGGAGUCCAAGAUCAGACGGUUCACGGAGCAGACAUACUCGAUGUGCUACUACGGCGUGAGCGGCCCGCUGGGGCUGUACGUGAUGAAACAAACGCCGAUGUGGUACUUCAACACCAGGGCGUUCUACGAAAACUACCCGCACCUGGCGAAUUUCUACCUGUUCAAGUUCUACUAUCUGGCACAGGCGGCGUUCUGGGCGCAGCAGAGCGUGGUGCUGAUCUUGCAGCUGGAAAAGCCCCGCAAGGACUUCAAGGAGCUUGUGUUCCACCAUGUCGUGACAAUGCUGCUGAUUGGCCUGUCGUACAGGUUCAACUUCACCUGGAUGGGAAUUGCCGUGUACAUCACGAUGGACAUUUCGGACUUCUUCCUGGCCACGUCCAAGACACUCAACUACCUGGACUCGGUGAUCGUGGGCCCGUUUUUCUUCCUGUUUGUGGGUGUCUGGAUCUACCUCAGACACUGGCUCAACUUCCGGAUUCUGUGGUCGGUGCUCACCGAGUUCCGCACCGUGGGGCCGUUCACUCUCAACUUCGCCACGCAGCAGUACAAGUGCUGGAUCUCGCAGCCGAUCGUGUUUGUGCUGAUCUUCGCGCUCCAGCUCGUCAACCUGUACUGGCUGAUGCUCAUUCUGAGAAUCAUGUACCGGUACGUGUUUCUGAACGUGGCCGAGGACGAGCGGUCCGAGUCCGAGUCCGAGUCCGACGACAAAAAGAACAACUAGCUACACCAUAUUCACAAAGGCCUUCCUAUAUACACGGCACUCAGGCCUCAAAGCUAAUCUGCGACAUGGGCUGCUCAGCGCUGGCACCGUGCUUUUCCUUGUACCUGCGCACGCGCUCGAGUCUUGUGCGGUAGCCGCGCUCCGCAGCCUUUGCCAACACCCCACAUAUCAAGUUUGUAGCCCUAAUAGAGUCGUCGUUGGCUGGAAUUGCGUACGUGACCAGCGCCGGGUCGCAGUCGGUGUCCACGAUGCCGACGCUCGGAAUCCGCGACUGCGCCGCCUCGCCCAGCGCGGUCCGGCUGUCCCGCGCGCUCAGCGUCACCACCAGGUCCGGCUUCAGCACGCACCGCGCCUCGAAGUCCGUCAGGCUUCUGCCCGACGGAAGGUCCGCCAUGUCCACCUCCACGCGCGGUUUAGCGUUCUGCAGACUGUUGGUGAUCGUGCCCGGCACCCACUUGCUUGCAACGUACACCCCGUUGCACCGCUGCGCCGCCGCCCGCACAGACCGCAGCUGGCCCUCUCUCAGCCCGAGAAAUAGCACCGUGCCGCCGUUUUCAACCACACCUUCCACCACCUUGGCUGCCCGUCUCAGGUGCGUCACCGUCUGCUCCAGAUCGAUGAUGUGCAGGUCGUUGUAGACACCGUAGAUGUAUGGCUGUGUCGAGUGCUUCCAGAGUUUCGUGAAGUGGCCCAGGUGGGCGCCGGCGGCCAGCAGUUUCUGGACGGUGACCUGGUUGGCCGACGGCGGGUUGGUGAUCAGCUCGUGCGGCCGGUAGACGCCCUUGACCUCUGCCCCCAGCUCGCCCAGCACCUUGUCGUGGUACUUCUGGCGCACCACGAGCUCUGGCUCCGAGUACGGGUCGCGCUGGGGCGUGGGCACGAGGUUCGGGUAUUCGGCGAUCAUCGACCGCGGCGACGCAAACUCGUCGUGCUGCGAGCGUCCCAGAAACGCCUUAAAUAGCUCUCUGAACUUGCGCACCGCCAGCUCGUCUCUGUUGAGCGUCGGCAGCGGCGUCGAGUUGAGCAGCUCCUCGACCUCUGCUCUCGACAUGUGCUUGAGGUCCUUGAUGACGUUGGGGCCAAGAUUGUCGGCGGCAACCUCGCCAGCUUCCACAGGGGCCGUGCUCUUGACGGCCGAGUUGCGUCUUGCCACGGUGGUGGACAGAAGACGC